AUCAAAGCCACGGCUCGAUCCAUCAGGCCCGCGAGGCAGACGGAUGACGGCAACUGGCACCUUCAUCGUACAUCUCUGCUGACACAAAAAUUAGAUAUAUAUGAAUGUUUUUAACUGUGUUCAUGUUCCCAAAGUAUUAGGUACUCUUCUAAACACUGCUCAGGAAGGCUUGCCUUCUGUGCUACUUAAAAUAUGUUUUGCUUUUGGUAAGGAUUUUGUUACUGCCUUGAUGGAGGCCACUGAAUCAUCUCUGUUUUGAAAGCUUACUGAAAUAAACACUGUAGAUUCUCUGGCUGUGAAAAGGAUGAGGACUAAAGGGCUACUGUUUUUUAAAAGAAAAACGUAUACACUCAAACUCAUGGCCAGUGCUGAUUCUGCACAUUUAGACUCUUGUGGGCUCAAAGCAGUCCACAGAUGUUAAGUGUUGGCUCAGGCCAGGACCGUAACUGACCCACAAAUGUCCCACACUGUCCUUGACACGAGCAACAGACUCCGCUUUUGGUCAGCCUUGCCAAGCCUGGUGCUCCUUCAGACAUGCCCCACUGUCUGCCAAAGACUUUGUGCAUGCGAAGUUACGCCUGGCUAACCAGCAACUCUGCCUGCUCCCAUGGAAAGAAAGACAGCAGAGGGUUAACGAAGGUUUGGAGGCCAGUAAACAGGAAGCGUUGCUGUGCAAGGACAGCCUAUUUUUCCCUUUGGACGGUGGCGGCACCAACUUGACGCUCCCUCGCUGUGCCAACAUCCCCUAUGGCAGGCGGCCAAGCCCAGGGUCAGCAACAGAGAGGAUGUUUUCCACAGCGAGCUGGAGAAAUAACUGGCUGAAGCCAAGGACAACUCCAGCGCGAAGGGAGCGAGCAGGCCGCGCAGUGCAAGACACGGGCCCUGAAUCCAGGGAACUGAGCUGCUAGCCGGGACUGGCCUAGAUGGCAUAGCUGGACAGCCCCGAAAUCUCACUGAACUGCUCUUUCAGCUAGGACUUGUAGGCUGGAGAAGAGAACCUUAACACCUCUGCAAGAAGAAGAAGAAAAUGUGGAGUUUCUUGCAGUAGAAGCCAUGACAACUGAACACAUUUGUGUUUUUACCCUGAGAAGAAUUCUGAAACGGCAGGGCAGGAUGCAGUACGGCUGACACAAAAAGCAAUAGAGCAAAAAGCAAAAGGUUCAGAGCUCCCAAGCCCCAGACCAUGCCCUGCAGAAUUCGGCACUCCAGUCCUGUCUCCUUCCACUCUGGGGGCAGUUCUGCCACGUCAAAGCAGCAGCUGUGACUGGAACGGGCACGAUCUGCUGCUCUGCAUUCAUUGGGGAAGGUAAAGAGCCUGUGCUGAACUCGACCCAUAAGCAGCAGUGAAACAUUAAUCCGGGCUGGUCACCCCUUGGACAGUGGCAGUAUUCACAGUGGUGGCUAGAUGGCAUGGGGGCUGCCUGUGGCCCCUGGGCUGGGCCCCCUGCUUUGCACAAGGGCCCCUCAACCAUGUUUGCAAGCAGUGCAAUGAAGAAGCAGCUCCAGGCCUUGAAGAAAAAUAAUCUCGUAUUGCACCGGGCUGUUGAACUGUACAGUAUGCAAAGAGGAUUAACGUUCACAAUCAUAACCUACAGGUAAAACUUUUUUUUUUUUUGCUCUCUGCUGGAAAACAGCAAGACUUCUGGGAGGAAAUACCACAGGUUUGCUUCCCGGUGGAGAUUACCUCCCCACGCCACAACCCUAGCCGGGUUCCUGAGGAGGCCACAUUCCUGCAUGAUGUGUGUGUUCCUGAUGCCUGGUUCCCCCCUCGGUCCUGUUUGUGCACUCUUUCCACAGACGGCUCAUUCCUGACACGUGCUGUCUGGCAGCAGAGGAAGCCCCGGCCCUGGAAACCCCCUCCAGCUGGCCUGAUAAGCGGCUGGCCGCACUCCGGGACACAACAGCAGUGGCGUGGAGAGGCCGUUUUCCUGGCAAGGCUCGCUUUUGCUGCUGUUUGGAUGUGACCUGGGAAGAGGCACGUGCGUUACUAUGGAAAAGGAAAAAAAGGAAGAAGAAGGUCUUUUAGCGUACCAGCCAGUUUCGGCUCUGGGCGCAUGAAUGCUCUGAGUGAACUUGCGCCAGAAGAAGGGCUGCGAAAUAAGCCCUGUGCCACGGAGGCAGGGAACGGAGUCCUGUUUGGGGUCGGGGUAGAAGGCUCAGCACUGGGCCUUCCGCAGCAAGUACCUGGCAGCCAAGGUACAGAGCUUGGAAGGAUGGGCACUGGAGUAGGUCCACCUGUAACAGCAUCCUGUUGGAGCAGGCAGCAGUACUGUCCUUGGGGGACUGCAGAGGCCUUGCGCCUCACCCCAGGAGACUGUGGGAAGAGGGGGCCAGGCUUGGCCCACGUGCUCACGAGGAAAGCAGAUGCCCCCCGAGUGCUUGGGGCGGAGUUUCACACCACAUCUGCAUCCCCGACGGCACCCUCGCUUUCCUCCUCGACCCGAAGGAUGCAGCGACUCCCCCAAAGGCCACCAUGCCGCUGAGGAGAGCAAAGCGGCGACAACUCUCGGCGGCUUGUUUGUUCUGGCUCAGGCCCCUCGCCCGGUUGACAUCACAUCCUGACGGCAGUGAGACCGGCACCUCCACGGGCAGGGUGGGCAGGGCCCCGACACUCGGGAGACGAGCACAGAGCUGGGUGCUCUCAUUUGCCGAGUGAGGAAGGAAGGACGACGGAGAGUGCCCAGGAAGGCUGGUGGGCCCAGCAGGUGAGCUAGGGCUAGCUCCUGGCAUGGGUGACACAGGACGGGCAGCCCGGCCGGGAGCGAUGUGAACAGGAGACUGCAAGGACAGGCCAAGGGACCUGCCGGGGGAAGAUGGAUUCUUGCCAAAAGCCUCGACUCUUGCAAGUAAGUACUUCUGCGGGCAGGCAGGACACCGAGAGCGCCAGAGACGGCGCCUGGUUUUGGCAGGGUGCUUCAGUGCUGCUGAAGCUGCCACUGGGACCUGCUUUUAGGAACAGCAACUGGGAUGUGGUGAAGGGAACUGCACAGGGCAGGGUCCAGGUUCGAGGCAGCUCCACUCUGCCUGCCCACCUCCAGCAGGACCUUGCCUGGGGACACGAGCUAUGGAAUUUGCUGCACGCUAUGGCCACCUACGAGGAUAGCUCUGAAAGGGGCUUAGGCAAAUUCACGGAGGGGAAGACUGACUACUAGACCUGAUGGCCACUUGCCACUUCUAGUAUCAGAGGCAGUACGCCUGUGAACAGCAGGCGCUAUGGAAAAGGAGUGGAAGGUGCUACUGCACUGCUGCCUUUCUUUGGAAACCCACAGAGGGGGGCAUCUGGCCACUGUGAACGGAAUGCUGGUCAACGUGGUCCCACAGUCUGAUCCGGCCAGGCUCUCCUGAUGCGUCUGAUUAACAUCACACAAGUGAACAAAGCCACGUUGUGGGUGACGUUACAGAAAUCAUGACAAUCUGCCUCCCCACUUCGUUCAUCUACUCCCCAAGCCCCAAAGUGAUCAUAGCAAGUCAGAAGGGGUCACCUGGGCCAUCUAGACUGACCCCGAGCACAAGUUGGCUCCACUCAUAAACAACUCAUGGUUUGAGUAAAAAGAGGGUCCAUUGCUAAGGUUAUUUACAAAAACAAAAUGGUGGCCACCAGGCAACAGCAAUUUCUAUUUGGGGAGACCUCUGUGCCUCAACUUCUCCACUUGCAAAACUGGGGCUCAUGCCUAAUGCAGAAAGCUACUGGAAGAAUGAAUGAAGCACCAGCAAUUGGAAAGAGAUCAGGAACAAAGACAGCAAGGAUACAAAAGCAUCAAUGAGCGCUUGGCCUGUUUACUGUACACCGUAUGCUGGUUGCUACAGGAUCUCUUGUAGUUUAGCUCCAACCGAGUUGUGUUCCUUAAUAAUGUAAUACUGCUCAAAGGAGCCUCCUAACUUGUCCCAGAACGUUUUUAGCACCAACACAGUUCUGUGAGGCACUCGCUCCAAAGAGCUUCCUAGAUUUUCCCUAUGCCCAGCAACCACCUUUUGCUGGGCCUUUGACGGGGGCCGGGCAAGAUUAAACAUAACCACACAUGUAAUGAAGCAGCAUCAAAGCAUGACACCGAACUGUGUCCAAUUAUACUGGCAUAUCAGUGUAAUUAUCUCCACAACCGAUGCUCUCGUGACUACCAGAAAAGCAACUGCAGUAACAGUAGAUAGUGAUAUAGCAAGUCAAUGGUAUUAUUGGAAUUCUAUGUGUCGGCCUUCCCCAAGCUGGUGCCCUCCAGAUGGGCCGGGCUUCAGCUCCCAGCAUCCCCAUGGGAUGCUCGGGAACGCUGCGGAAUGUUUUGUUUGGGGGCAGGGAGGGGGAGGGGAAUAACCAGGAAUCACGUUCUGCCUUUGUGCUGAAUUCACCAACCUCCCUUUUUUCUCCCUCCGGCUUCCCCAGUUCCACAAUGGUUUCUGCUAACUUGCCUGUUCUGACGAUUCUACUUAUGCCUCUUCUCUUCUGGGGAUCUGAAGGCCCCCGGGCAGCAUCUUCAGGAACUGCCGAGAGGACCAGCGAGAAUGAUCCCAAGCAGAUCCCCAUGCAGGUCCUCCAAACCAUCUUGUUAAGACGCCUGGGCUUGCAAAGGCGCCCGGAACCUAAGCCCGGGCUGCUGGUCCCCCAACACCUGAUGGACCUGUACCAGUUCUGCCUGGGAAAGGCUCCCCCCUCCCUCAAAAAGACGGAGCUUCCCUUCCUAGAGGAGCAAGCAGGAAGAGCCAACACUGUGCGCAGCUUCUACCACGUUGAGGACCUGGAGCACGUCCCUGAGGUCACAGGAAGCUCAUUCUAUAUCUGGUUCAACCUCACCUUGCUGCCCGCAGAGGAGGAGCUGACUGCCCUGGAGCUGCGCCUCUACCACACGCAGAAGGAAAGCCAGGGCUUUCACAUCAAUGUCUACCAUGUGAUGGAUCCCCCGUUCGUUUCUGGAAGCAAAAACAGACUCCUCACCCGCAAAUUCCUGGCUUCCGAAAAGCCCAGGUGGGAGAGCUUAGAUGUCACUGCCGCUCUUGAGCGGAUCAAGGGUAAUAACCUCCACCUUGGGUUUCUUGUUGAGCUGGAACCCCUGAACAGCAGCCAAAACCUCCAACACCCCCCAGCUGCCCUUCGUGCAAGACGCUCUCCGGGGGAGAAGGCGGCACGGUGGGCUCUAGAAAGACCUUUACUGGUUGCUUACAGUCAUGACCAAAGGGGGCAGCCUUUGAGCCACGGAAAAAAGAAGAACAGGAGCCAGGCUGGUAGACUGACCCAGAAAGGAAGCAGAAGAAUGACGAACAUUCCUGCCUCCAGGAGCAAACGCAAGAGCUUGAAGCCAAAGGCCAAAGCCAGCACUAGGUGCAGAAGGCACCGCCUGUUUGUGGAUUUCAAGGAGGUUGGCUGGAAUGACUGGAUCAUUGCCCCUGGGGGCUACCAUGCUUUCUACUGCUCUGGGGAGUGCCGGUUCCCACUGGCUGACCACAUGAACUCCUCCAGCCACGCUGUGGUGCAAACGAUGCUGAAUUCGGUUAACGCCAAAGUGCCCAAGCCAUGUUGUGUCCCAACGGACCUCAGCCCCAUUGUGAUGCUCUACCUUGAUCAACAUGACAUGGUGGUCCUGAAGACUUAUCAGGACAUGGUGGUGGAGGGCUGUGGGUGCCGGUAAAUGCAACCGAGCAGGGAUGCUCCCUUGCUCAGUGCUCCAACGUGGGGGUUAUCCAACAUGAGCGUAAUGGACAACAAGCUCAGGACUGUUAGAAUAACUUCUUCAUGCGACACAUAACGACCUUACAGAAGUCACCACUGCAAGAGGUGGAUGGUCAGAACCUAAAAUGGCUCGGCUGCACUGCCUGCAUAUCUCCAAGUACACCUGAGGAGGGAAAAGAGUCAAAGGCUAUUGCAAGCUUGCCCUGCCAGGAAUGCCCAAAGUCUUCUAGCUGGAGAAACUGGGAAAGCGAUGGACCUUGGUCUGACCCAGCAAGGCAAUUCUCAUGUUCUUAUGAUGCCGCAUGCUUGAACCUUUGUCUUGUGUAUACAGUAUUUUAGUGAAUACUUGAUGCUGGUCUUUUAAAUUGUGAUAACGUUUAGAUGAACAAUAAAUGAAAAAAAAAUCAAA